AUUUAGAAAUAGAGUAGAUCCACCCACACAUCCAAACUGAGAGUCGGAGAACUUAAAAUGAUAGAAUGACCAAAAUACCCUUACGCGGUCAGACCCUUCUUCCCCCCCGUCUCCUUCCUCUUCGCCCGUUCGUUCCUCCAUUCGCAGGGUUGAGAGGGAAAAAGCAAGGAUGAUACCUCAGCAAUGGUCGUCUCCAUGUGGUAACCAAUGCACCCAGAAAUACGCUGCUCUCACCCAGAUUCCAUGGCGAGUUUUUUGCAAAAAGGGGUGCAACUCGGAUGGAGACACUUGGGAAGAAUGUUUGGAGGAUUGCAAUGAAAUCUGUUACAAGGACCCGGUCUUAAAGGACCGGCAGUGGAGUGCUUAUAUUGACCGCUCACCUGGGUCUGACAGUUACUCGGAGGAAUGUUUCCAUGCUUGUGUAUCAGGCUGUGCUUACAAGUUUGAUAUGCUCACUGAGAACGUCAAUAAAGUUCGGCCGAACAGGCCACCUAAGCCUCCUCCCCCUGUUUUAAAGCCAACCACCUCACCACCAGUUGAAUCCAAAACAACUGCUGAAGACGUACCCAGCACCUCUGCUUAGUGAAAGCCAUCCAAAAUUUUAAAACAAAAUGUAUGCCUUAUCAAUUUAGUCAUCUAGACGGCCUGCAGUUGUUUUUUUCAUCUUAGGCUCCCUUUUUUAAUGGAAAGAAGCUUGCUUUUACGUUUCUUCUUCGGGUUCGUCAAGCUUUGAAUUGCUGGAGAUCUGGCUAUUUAGAGUUUUGAUAGCACAGAGAAGUGGACUAUAAACUUUGGUCCCCUUCCAGUUUUGUUGAAGAGGAAGUAACUAAAAUCAAGAGUUUUGCAGCUUCCUACAAGAAAAGGAAAUAGAUUUUUCUCUCGGACUUGGGGGGAUUGUAAUGGACUCCCUUAAAAUUUUGAUCAUUUAGUGGCGAAAAGCUUUCCAAAAGGCCCAUUUAGCACUAGGAUAAUUGAUUGAAUAUUUCUUAGAAUGUAACUUUUCCUUUUUUUUAAGCAUUGUAUCUUUUCAAUGCAGAAUAAAUCAUGAUAUCUUUCUUUCUUUC